GUGCCGUGGUAGUUGCGAUGCUCCCCUGAACCGCAGGCAGCGCGGCAGCCAUCGAGGCUCGCGCGCUGGCGGUUUCCCCCGUUCUCGGCCCGUCGUCGGUUUCCUGACCCACCGGGCCUCCGCCGACGCGAGACCGGCGCGGUACACCGCGGCAGCUGGGAACGGCAAGACCUCGUACACUGCUGCUGACCGGCUGCGCUCUCGUAACCUGCCGACGCCAUGGCUGCCGCGGUGGCGUCCCCGCCGCCGGCCGCAGAGGUCGAAGCGAUAGAGGAGAAGAAGCGCACUGCGGCCAAGGUCGUCACCACGCUAUUCCCGCGCAUCCCCAAGGUGACCACGGUGCUCCUGGAGUUCUACAUCCGGCGCGAGAGCAAGAUAGACCUGGACCGCGAGCCGCUCAUGCACUUCUGCAUGGAGGAAGUGUUGCUCGCCGCGCAGGACAUUCAUGACAAGCUCAACAAGCAGGUCGUCACGUUCCAGGACGUCCGAGACACGGCCGAGAACCUCAUAGGUUUGCAUAACCUGGCUCACAAAAAGAGCCCCGAGAUCGCCAAGGUCCUGGGCGACAGCAUCCGGAAGCUGCUGAUCAUCGUGGGCGAGCUGGCCACGUCCCUGGAGAAGGUCUCCGAGGUGCCGCCCACCGACUGGAUGGGCAUCGGCGACACGGUCGUGGCCAAGACCGAGAAGCUCAACCUGGCCGAGAUCGCGCCCUUCUGGUCGUACAUCCCGAAGAUGAAGGACUUCCUCUCCAUCAAGCUGCUCGGCGCCGGAGGGUUCGGUGCAGUGUACAAGGUGGCCUACAAGCCGACCAACCUGACCUGCACCAUGAAGCUGGUGGCAUGCGACCGAUUCCAGAGGCACAAGCAGGCCUGCAUCGACAAAGUGUGCGCGUCCGUCAUCGGGAGCCCAUUUCUCGUCAAAUACUACUCCUGCUAUUGUACUCGUGACGCCUACAUCACCGUGAUGGAGUACAUCUGUGGCGCCGACCUGAUGCGCGUGGUGGACAAGGCGGUGUACCUGCCCACCGAGGAGUGCCGCAUCGUCAUGGCGCAGCUCAUCCUCGCGCUGGAGCACAUGCAUCUCAGGGGCCUGCUCCACCGGGACAUCAAAGUGUCCAACAUGCUGAUCAUUCCAGGGGGUCGGGUGAAGGUCAUCGACUUCGACACCAACAAGGUCUGCAUCGGGCAUUUCUCGAGGCGCGUCUGCAAGGGUUACUUCACCAAAACGGCGUUCGAGUUCUACGACGGCGAGUCCGCGGGAACCAUACCCUACAUGGCCCCCGAGAUCCUCAAGCGGAGACCGUACGGCCGGUCCUGCGACUGGUGGUCGGCAGGCGCCACCUUCUACAAGAUGAUGACCGGCCGUGUGCCCUUCCGCGGCGAGACCAAGCAGGAGCUGACGGACAAGAUCAUCAACCAGCCGCUCAAGUGGCCAAAGGUCGAGGAGCACCCGCACUCGGCCACGCCCGAGGCCAAAGACAUGGUCUUCAAGAUGCUCAAGAAGAACCCCGUCGAGCGGCUCGGCUCGGCCACGUACGCGGAGAUCCGCGAGCACCCGUUCUACGCGGGUUUCAACUGGAAGAGGCUGGCCACCACCAAGGAUCUCUGCAACAUUCCCGCCAUCGGAGAGUGCAUGACCAAGAAGAAGGACGGGGACAAGCCGGAACGAUUCACUGUCAGCGCUACGAGCAACACCCUGAAGCGAAAGCUCCUCAAGGUGGACGACAUGGUGGACGUCGAGGCAUCUACGCAGAAGGCGCUUUACUCGUACGCCUCCCCCAGCUUCAAGAAGAUGAUGAACUUUGCGAAAUCGGCCGCUGGUCCCGUGGAAGUGAGGGACUCCUUAUUCAAGUCAACUGCCGGGGAUUCAGAGGAGCUGGACUACAAGAAGGCCUCGGACGUGGACGUCAAAGCCGGCAUCAGCGGCCUGACUGGAGCCUCCGCCGACAAGUCGAUAACGGCGAAGGAGAGAAUGGACUUGAUCAUGUGGCGGACCAAGAGCCUCGGAAAGUACUGGAGCUUCGGCAUCACCGUCGUAGAAGUAACCGGAGAGAACAACAAGAGGUUCUACAUGGUCGAGAAAGUCAAGAGCGGCAGUCCCGCCGAAGUCUCGCACGUGCUCGAAGGCGACGUGAUCGUGGCCGUCAACGGAGCCGACACCUCGGAUUUGCCCGUCGCUGAGGUCAAGCGCCGCAUGCAGGACUGCGGUGACCAGCUCGUUGUCACCGUGCUGUCCUCGAGCGCCUUCAGGCUGCUCGAGUCCCGACGCGACUGGGACCAGAUUCUCAAGGCGGCCGGCCAGGACACCAUCCAGGUGAGGGCCAUCAGGACCGCAUGCAGCGGCAGUGGCUACUACGGCUUCAAGGUGUUCGAGGCCAAGGCGUGGAACGAGCAGAAGAAGGCCCUGGUACACUGCCACGUCAUCCAGAAGACCUGCGACGUUCAGGUGGUGACGCCCAACAAGUGCAUGUACCCGGGUGAUGUGCUCGUCAUGGUGGACGGUGUACCCGUGGACAACAUGGACCAGUACGGCGUCAAGGCGGCCAUGUCCAAGGGGGCCAACGAGCUGAACAUCACCAUCGCGCCCAUGUCUCCGCUGAGGCUCAAGAGGCCCUCGUACACCCGUCUGCACGAGACGGUGAUGACGGACGCCAACGUGCCGGAACCGUCGGCCAAGGCCAACAUCGAAAACGCGCCGCCGCCGGCGGCGGCAGCGAAACCGUGAGCGCCGACCUCGCCACGGUCGACCACCGGUCGACGUUCGGCCACAUUGGCGCGACAUACGCUUUUUUUUUUUUUGCGGGAAAAUGAGGAAUCGAAUAAAUGAGGUGUGAAACACCUACGAGGAUCAAAAGUAUGGACGACUGGA